AUGCCGAACGCCGGAGACCGCCUCGGCCGCAAGCAAAGAGGUUGCCCCGGAGCCGAACGUGGACAUCCGCUCCCCGCACGCGAGAUCCCCUCCUCCCGGACGAGCAGCAACCAGAGAGCACCCCGACGCCACCGGCUCCGCGCAGGUUUUGCCUGCCGGAGGCCAUCGACAACGGCGAGGAGGAGAGGAGCUGGUGAGGGGAGUCCGGCUGCGGAGGGGGAGGGACGGGGGGACGGGGUCGCUGCCUGUAUCGCCCCGGGGAGGGAGCGGCGCGGGGGCCUCCUAUUCUUCAACCGCGUCUGCCGAGAAGAAGCAGGGCCGCGGGUGGCGCCGCCCACAAUCUGCACCUACAACAUACUCAUGCACAGCUGCUGCCCUAGCCCUAGCACUUCCAACGCGAGCAUGUUGGCCACGAUCAUGGCGUGCACGCUCCGCCUCACCGGCAGCUCGUGCCACGCCGCCCGCAACCUGGCCGACACGACGCCUGCGGCCGCCGCUCCGGCUGCUAGCACCGUAUCUGGCCUGCCGGCCGUGCCGACCUUAUCUGCCGUACCCACGGACACGGUCAUCCUGAUGCCAUCCAUGCCGUCGGUCACCCUCCCCACCGUGCCGCAGGUGACUCUCCCACCCAUGCCAGCCAUCGUCGUGCCCAAGGCGGUGUUGCCGCCGAUGCCCACGGUCACCCUCCUCAUAGUGACGAUGGCUCCGAUGACCGCGAUUGUCGUGCCCAAGGUGACGCUGCUGCCGUUGCCCUUCGUCCCGAAUGUGAACGUGCAUAUGCCGUUUGCGGCGCCACCCCCGUCGGCAUAG